CCUCCCCUCCCUCCCUCCCUCCGGAGCAUCCCCGCUCCCUCUGCCCCGCUCCGGUGCCAGGGCCUCCCGCCGGCCGCGAUCCCCGUCCUUCCUUCCCGCCCGCCUUCCUCUGCCUCUGCGUCGCUCUCCCGGGCCCUUCUCUCCCCGAAGCCCCGGGCUGGAAGACGCAGGGCAGCCUGGAAGGGGGCUCCGGCCAUGGAGGGAGGCGGCGGAGGAAGAGGCGGCGGCGGCGGCGGAGAGGGAGGCGAGGGCGGCGAGGGCGGAGGGGGGCCGGGCCGGGCGCCCCCCAAGGAGGAGGACCCCGCCACGGAGCCCAACCCCUUCGUCCACGACCUGCGGAUGAGCCGCUUCCAGAGGGCCAAGUUCUAUGUGCUUGGGAUCAUCCUGGCCCCAAUCCGUGUCGCUUUGGCCUUUGUGGUCCUCUUCCUCAUCUGGCCCUUUGCACUACUCCAAGUGGUGGGACUUCCGGAGGAGACGCUGCAGGAGCCAUUCUCCGGAUGGAGAAAUUUCCCACAGUUUGGUCUACUUGCUGAGCCGCUUGAUGUUCUUCCUGCUCGGUUUCAUGCGGAUACGGGUACGAGGACAGAUGGCAUCACGGCUUGAGGCCCCAAUCCUGGUGGCAGCACCACACUCGACCUUCUUUGACCCGAUCAUCUUACUGCCCUGUGAUCUUCCCAAAGUGGUGUCUCGCACUGAGAAUCUCCAUGUGCCAGUCAUUGGAGCCCUGCUGAGGUUCAACCAAGCCAUCCUGGUCUCCCGCCAUGAUCCAGCCUCUCGCAAGAAGGUGGUGGAAGAAGUAAAGAAACGAGCCACUUCCCAAGGGAAAUGGCCGCAGGUUCUGUUUUUCCCAGAGGGGACCUGCUCAAACAAAAAAGCCUUAUUGAAGUUUAAACCAGGUGCCUUCAUAUCUGGUGUUCCCAUCCAGCCCAUCCUUAUUCGAUACCCCAACUCUCUGGAUUCAACAACCUGGGCAUGGAGAGGACCUGGAGUGUUAAAAGUCAUCUGGUUAACUGCAUCUCAACCAUGCACGACUGUGGAAGUGGAGUUCCUUCCAGUUUAUCAUCCCAGUGCUGAAGAGGCUGUGAACCCAACGCUAUAUGCCAACAACGUCCAGAAAGUGAUGGCCAAGGCCCUGGGGAUCCCUGCCACUGAAUGUGAGUUUUUGGGCAACCUUCCAGUCACUGUAGUCGGGCGUUUGAGAGUGGCUCUGGAACCACGGAUCUGGGAACUGGGCAAGGUUCUCCGAAAGGCUAGAUUCCUAACAGGAGGGGCCAAAUGUCAGCUUGAUCCGCUUCCUGAUGGCACGUUAGGAAAGCUCAAGCCAGCAGAGUUGGCUCAAUGGUUGGGUCUGACCUGCCCUGAGGCUGUGGAAGGACUUGGUACCUAUUUCCAAAAGGAUUCUGAAGGUAACAUGGAUUCUCGGGAAGUGGCCCUCGCACUGGAGGUACUCGAGGGAGAGCAUGACCCACACUCAUUGACAAGUCAUGCAUUUGAGUUAUUUUCAGAGCUGGAUGCUGGGACCGGGGACCACAGGCUGUGCCAGGACGGUUUCUGCACCAUUUUGCGGCUCUUGUUUGGCACACCGGCUGCGGAUGGGGCUGAACUCUAUAGCCGGCUGAGUGCUGAGGAGAGCAGCCAGAAUGAACUGACUCUUGCUGAGAUCUUUUGGCACUGCACCCAGUGUGCCCAUCGCCACCGGGACCACCUGCACUGGUUUCUGCCAGAGUCUUUGAAGUUCAAUCUUGAGGUCCUGAUAGCGGCUGAGUUUUUCCUGUUGUGUUGUUGUUGUUGUUGUUGUUGUUGUUGUUGUUGUUGUUGUUGUACCCCAGGAUCUAAUCCCAGAUUAUCUGGCAAUGGAGACUCAUAUAAUCCAGUUCAAAGCAGAUAGCCUGGGAUCCGGUCCUGGGAUAUAGGGCAGUGUAGAUCCAGCCUAAGAGCAGGGAUUCUCAACCACGGAUCCUUGGAGCCCUAGUGUUCUUUGAGAGAUCACUAGGGGUUCUGCAAGAAAUUGUAAUUCUGAAUGAUAGAUUAAAUCAUUUUUAUGCAGGGGUUCUCUGUGCUCAUUUAUUUUAAUGCAAAGCUUCCCUGUGACCUGUAAUGUUUAUGGAGGGAUUCCCUGAGAAUUAUUUAGAAGGUUUGUCUAGGGUAAAAAAAUUGAGUCAAGAGAACAAAUACAGUAGAGUAUCACUUAUCCAACGUUCUGGAUUAUCCAAUACAUAUUUGUAGUCAAUGUUUUCAAUACAUCGUGAUAUUUUGGUGCCAAAUUCGUAAAUACAGUAAU